CGCCGUGCAGGGGGUGCGGCUGCGGAGGCGGGAGGGAGGCGGGGGGCCGGCCUGCGUGCACAGGGGCCUUGGCCGGAGGGCGAGCAGGGACCCCGUUUAAUGUGGCCUUGGCACAUUAAAUUCCAACGGGUGUCUUUCGCUCCCGCUUUCUGCCAGUCUGGAAAAUCGGUGUUGGCAAACUUUGUUUCGGAGAGCGUGGAAGGGAUCGGCAGCUACAGCCCAACGCAGGGUGUAAGGAUCCUGGAGUAUGAGAAGCCAAACCUGAACGGUAACAGUAAGGGAGCUGGCUGUCGCAUUGAAUUGUGGGAUUGCAGUGGCGAUCAAAAGUUUGAAACAUGCUGGCCAGCUCUGAUGAAGGACUCUCAUGGCGUAAUGAUAAUCUUCAAUCCUGAGCUGCCCAGUCACCUGAAAGAAAUUGAAAUGUGGUACUCCUGUUUCGUGCAGCAGCAGCCACUGCUUGAUAGUCAGUGUCUCCUGGUUGCACAUCACAAGCCGGGUAGCGCAGGGGACACAGAAAAUCUGUCCUUGGCUUACCCAUUGAACAAACUAAAACUGAUACAUUCCAACUUAGAAGAAGAUCCUGAAGAUGUUCGGAUGGAAUUUAUGAAAUACUUCAGAAGCAUCAUCACCUUAAUAAAUGAGAGCAGAGAGAGAGAAGAAAUGUCAAUUAUCUCAUAACAUUAAAAGAAAUAUGGAACAGGGAAGAAAAAUGAUUGUUUUCACUUUGUAAGCUCUACUAGCUUGUGAACAGGCCCUCACAAUGAGAAUUUUCCAGCCUAUAAACACUUCAGACUAUAAACAAGUGCUGACAUCAGAUGAACUGUGGUGCCAAAGAGAUGGCUACACAUCCAGGAAUUUGGGUAACUUUAGCUGCACUUUGGUUUCAUUUCACCUCAGAAGUACAGAAAGGUAUUGUUUAGUAUGUUAGUGUGGACCAAAAGAUAAAGGUAUGGGUUAUCUCUUCACUUCAGAAUCUCUUUUGGUAGAGGUGCUAAGAGAAGAAAGCCUGACAGAACUUAAGAUUUGUGGAGUUCUGUUGAAGCAUCUGAGUAAAGUGCUCAUGUUAGUUGUGUUUCUGGAGAAGUUAUGCUUUUGGAAGUCAGUACAGACUGAUUGGAAUAAAGAUCUGAGAAGCAGCUGUGGUGUGGAAUCCACUUUUUAUGUUCCAAGUUCAUAUCUUUCUGUCCAGCAUCUGAAGAGAGCACAUUGCAUAGCUAUUGCCUUGGCAAGACAGACAGGUUGCAGUCUUUCUCAGGACUAGGUUCUUCUUCUAUUCCAACUAAAUAUGUUGUUGGGGACAAUGUUUAGGUCUCUCUGGGAGCAGGAGAAUUAAAAUCCCAGUGUAGUGCAAUACUUUGAUCUAUGUUGUGAGCCUCAAUAGAGGAGAAAAGUUCUGCAUUCUCCCAAGGAGGAAAAGCUGUUUCUAAACUUGUAUUACUAUUCCCUGUUGCAUUGCAAUAAGUGGUUUCAUAGAUAAUUUACUUUCUGAUUUGUUUGGUUUGCACUCAUCCCUGUUCUUAGUGUGUUUUGCUGUGGAAGACUUUUUUUAUAACAUGCAGUAUUAAAGCAGUAAAAACAUUUUUUAAAUGUGUCCUUUUUAUUCUCAAAGGGAAGGUUAAUUAUGGUUUUGUGAAACUCUUAUCAACUUGCCUAAUUUUUAGUAAGGAAAACAGUGAUAAAUUUGUAGUACGUUUUACACUAAUUAGCUCCAACGAGACAUUUACAAAAACUUGUCACCAGCCCAAAUAGCCACAGAAAUUGCAAAUGAAA